AUGGCACUCUUUAUUGGAAGGUUAUCCUUAGAUACCCACCCGCGAGAUCUUGAACACAUCUUUGAUAAAUAUGGGCGGCUAAAUCGAUUGGAAGUUAAGAGAGGUUACGCCUUUGUCGAAUAUCAGGAUGAAAGGGAUGCCUCUGAUGCUAUGAAGGAGACAGACGGCCUGGCCAUUGGGCAAAGGACUGUCGUUCAUCAUCCCGAAGGGAUAGGCGUAGAAGCAGGAGUCCAAGAAGAAGCCGUGUGUCCGUAUUAUAAUCUACAAGAAUUACUUGGCUUUGAAGAACCUACCCUAUUUACGUCGGAAUUGAGUAAUCAAGGAGGAACAAAUAUGUCUAUUCAAAGACCUCCAAUCCAUAGCAACGAGAUUAUACUCAUCCGACCAAAGCAAACCAUUAAAAUUGAUAUGGGAACCGUUAUAACCGUUUUCCAAGAUAUUCUGACGACGAAAGAAGUCGAAGUCGUGAAAGACGACACAGCGGUGAAGAUCGAAGACUUUCUCGCAGUUCUGAAAGAUCCUCCA